AUGACGGUGCCCGGAGUAAAACGGACACCUGGUCAGAACGUGCCUUUCACGUUGCCAUCACUUCGCCUGAUCUCAAUACCACCAAUGAUGUUACGACGUACUAAAACAUGAGCUCUCUUCUCGACUAGGGCGCAAAGACGAUGAUUCACUGCCCGCAUGUUCAUUUUCGACGAAAAGUCACAGUACAAGAUAAUCUUUAGCAGAAUUUCGUCAGGUAGUUCUUCCAGUCUGAAAGGGUACAGAACUCGGUGA